AUCAUCCUUCCAUUACAUCAUCCGCAUUAUCAAUCCGGCCUCUCUUCACCACCCAUGACUCGCAUUUCAAGUCUCCACCACCAACUCUCUGCAUCAUCAUCAUCGCCAUGAAACUUGAAUAUCAUGGAUAUUAUAAAAGGUUCCGGCCAAAAGGGUCUGGGUGGAGCGAUCUUCAGGGUCUCUGGAUUUUUCCUGAUCGACUAACCGACCGACCUACGCAAUGGCCGCUACUCUCAUCCAAGACUCGGUCUUUGGCCAUGCCAUUCGCCUUCUCACCAGCAAUCGCUGCUUUCGAUACGCUGAAGAAAGAGACCCGGAACUAUGGAAGCGAUACAUCAGCCUAGAGAAAUCAGGCCAGAUGGCUCAUGAAGGUCGAGUCGACUCGGCCAUCAAUGUCCCCGACGAAGAUUACCACUAUUACCACUCUCCCCGUGAACACCUGUCUCGAAUCCCCUCGACGGCAUGGGAACACAGAGGCCACAAUUUCCAAGGCUUGACGGGCGUACGGAUCAACCCCGAGAAAGGCAAAGACGUCAAUGUCAUCGACUGGUGGGACGAGAAUGAUCAAGAGAAUCCUCAGAACUGGCCCCUGUGGAAGAAGGUGUUCGUUACCUUCGAAAUCUGCCUCCUAACCUUCAGCGUCUACAUCGGGAGCUCCAUCUUUACUCCGGGGAUUGUGACAGUCACCAAAGAAUUCCAGAUCAGCCAAGUCGCUGCCACGCUGGGGUUGACGCUCUUCGUCGCGGGAUACGGGCUCGGUCCGUUGAUCUUCUCGCCGAUGAGCGAGGUGCCCCAGAUCGGACGCAAUCCUGUCUAUAUCGCCACCCUCAUCAUCUUCGUGUGCCUCCAGGUGCCCACCGCGCUCGCCAAAAACUUGGGGACGUUGCUGGCAUUUCGAUUCUUGACGGGGUUUUUCGGCUCUCCCGCCCUAGCCACCGGCGGCGCAACCAUCUCCGACAUGUUCCGCCCCGCGAAACGCGCUUACGCGAUCGGUAUCUGGGGCAUCAGCGCUGUGUGCGGCCCCGUCAUCGGACCCUUAGUCGGAGGAUUCGCCGCGCAAGCCAAAGGCUGGACCUGGACCAUCUGGGAACUCAUGUGGCUGUCGGGCUUCUCGCUGGUGAUGCUCGUCUUUCUUCUGCCUGAGACCUCGUCCGCCAACAUCCUGUACCGCCGAGCCCGUCGCCUCCGCAAACUCACAGGCCGCGAGAACCUGAAAUGCGAGCCUGAGAUUGAGAGCGAGGGACUGAUGGGCCGCGAAUUGGUCAUGAUCACGCUCGUUCGCCCGCUCACCCUCAACUUCCUCGAGCCCAUGGUCUUCCUCCUCAACCUCUACAUUGCCCUCAUCUACGGUCUGCUGUACGUCUGGUUCGAGUCCUUCUCCAUCGUCUUCGAAGAGAUCUACGGCUUCAACCUGGGCCAAGAAGGCCUCGCCUUCAUCGGCAUCCUCGUGGGCGUCCUCCUCGUGCUGCCCCCCUACUACUGGUGGAUGCACAAAUACCUGGAGCCCCGCUUCGACGAGAACGGCAACAUCGCCCCGGAGGCCCGCCUCCCGCCCGCCAUCGUCGGCGGCUGCUGCAUUCCCAUCUGCCUGUUCUGGUUUGGCUGGAGCGCCCGCCCCGACAUCCACUGGAUCAUGCCCAUCGUCGGCUCGGGGUUCUUCGGCCUCGGCGCCUUUCUGCUCUUCAACCCCGUGUUGAACUAUCUGCCUGAUGCGUAUCCGGCGUACGCGGCGUCGGUCCUGGCGGGGAACGAUCUGUUCCGGUCAGCGUUCGGCGCAGGGUUCCCCCUGUUUGCGUCGGCCAUGUACAAAAAUCUGGGCGUGGGGUGGGCCAGCUCCACGCUGGCGUUCUUGUCUAUUGUCUUUAUCCCGAUUCCGUAUGUCCUGAUGAAGUACGGAGAGACGUUGCGGAAGAAGCACAGUCGGUACGCGAGGAAGGAUAUAUAAUUUCGAUUUAGCGUCUUGCACAGGAAGGUGGAUGGAAAAAAUAAGAGAAGACGUAGAUGCAUAGAGGGGUAGUGGUAGAGCAUGAUAUGCUGUGCAAUUUUUUGGGGGAUUAUAAACAGCUUGUAAGAUAUGCAUGCUUCAAAAAUAGGGUCUAGGG